UUUCUCUUUUGCACCUUCAUUCUUUCUCACACUCACAGACUCUCGCUGUGAAGCAACACACACACACACACACACACACACGCUCCUUUUCAGGAAAAGAAAGAGAGCAAACCUUCGGAACUUGUGAGAGGACAUGAUGGCUGUCCCUAAAACAGGGAGGGGACAGGUGAGCCUGGGGCUCCUGGCGGACUGUUAGCCAUGCUGCGCCCCACUGAUAAAACCACCAGCACGCUGCAACUGGUCGCCACGGAUAUGAGUGACAUCAUGGAGAACCUGGACACUCGUGAGCUUGACCUGGAGGACGGGCAAUACGACACUCCAGACACCAAUCACACUGAGGCGCGUAAGGGCUUCUCUGCGGUGUACGACACCGUGGCCUUCAAGGAGUCUGAGGCCCGUGUGUUCCUGUCCGCUCCCGUCACCGCCAAGAUCCUGGAGGUGGAGAGGUUCACCUCAGCCCAGGAUCGCUUCGACAUCACCGCCCAGAGGAGUGUCAACAAGUCCCUGCCGGCGGUGUUUAAGAUCGAGCUGCGUCACGGCGAGUUCUCCUGGGUGGUGAAGAGGAAGGAGAAGCACUUCAUGGAGCUGCACAGAGAGCUGCUCCGCUACAAGACCUUCAUGAGGAUCCCUCUGCCCUCACGCAGCCACACGGUGAGGAGGCACACAGUGAAGAGGACGGAGGCCAGACAGAUCCCCACGCUGCCCCGGGGGGGCGGGGACGAGCUGGCCCGCGAGGAGCAGGUGUCCAGCAGGAGGAAACAGCUGGAAGACUACUUAAACAAGCUGCUGAAGAUGUCCAUGUACAGAAACUACCAUGCCACGAUGGAGUUUAUAGAUGUCAGCCAGCUCUCCUUCAUCCAUGAUCUGGGACCUAAGGGCUUGGAGGGGAUGAUCCACAAGAGGUCAGGAGGUCAUCGUAUCCCUGGUCUCAACUGCUGUGGUCACAGCAAGAUGUGUUAUCGCUGGUCCAAACGCUGGCUGGUGGUGAAGGACUCCUUCCUGCUCUACAUGAAGACAGACUCGGGGGCUAUCUCCUUCGUCCUGCUGGUGGACAAGGAGUUCAACAUCAAGAUGGACUCCAAAGACACGGAGACCAAACAUGGAGUACGCAUAGACAGCCUCUCAAGGAACCUGGUCAUCAAGUGCAGCAGCUACAGGCACGCCCGCUGGUGGGGUCAGGCCAUCGAGCAGUUCGUCCAGAAACACGGCGCUGCCUUCCUGACCGAUCACCGCUUUGGCUCCUUCGCCCGCCAAAACAUCAACGUCCCUGCCAAAUGGUAUGUGAAUGGAAAGCCGUACAUGGCAGAUUUAGCAGAUGCUCUGGAGGAGGCUAAAGAAGAGAUCUUCAUCACAGACUGGUGGCUGAGCCCUGAGAUCUUUUUGAAGAGGCCUGUCGUCGAGGGCAACCGGUGGCGUCUUGACCACAUCCUGAAGCGCAAAGCGCAACAGGGCGUGCACGUGUUUGUGAUGCUGUAUAAGGAGGUGGAGCUAGCAAUCGGCAUCAACAGUGAAUACAGCAAGAGAACUCUCAUGCAUCUGCACCCCAACAUCAAGGUGAUGCGUCACCCGGACCACGUCUCCUCGUCCGUCUACCUCUGGGCACACCACGAGAAGACCAUCGUCAUCGACCAAUCAGUGGCGUUCGUGGGUGGGAUCGACCUGGCGUACGGUCGCUGGGACGACCGGGAACAUCGUCUCACGGACGUAGGGAGUGUGUCCCGCUCCGUCGCUCUGGAGACAGAGAGCACCCCCUCUAACAUGGUAGCUCCCAGCAAUGGUGCUGGGGCUCAGAGCCAGGCUGCGGUGGUAACGGACUCUGAGGACCAGCCCAAGUUGAAGGGGCAGGGGAGGCUCCGGAAGACCCGGUUCAGCCUGAGGAGACACCUGCAGAAACACGGGUUAGCCCACGCUGACAGCGUUAGCAGUGUGGAGAGCACAGACGGGAAGAGCAACUCUGUGCCUAGUCUACACACAGGUAUGGGAGAGCUGGUUGGAGACACACGUUUCUGGCAUGGGAAAGACUACUGCAACUUUGUCCACAAGGACUGGGUUCAACUGGACAAACCCUUUGAUGACUUUAUUGAUCGGCAUACAACUCCCAGAAUGCCUUGGCACGACAUCUCCUCCGUGGUUCACGGGAAGGCAGCUCGGGACGUGGCCAGACACUUCAUCCAGCGAUGGAACUUCACUAAGAUCAUGAAGCCUAAGUAUCGUUCUCUUUCCUACCCGUACCUCCUGCCCAAGUCCUACACCACUGCCCAUGAACUCAGAUACCAGGUCCCCAACUGUGUCCCUGCUAAAGUACAGAUCCUGCGGUCGGCAUGUGAUUGGUCGGCUGGUAUUAAGUACCACGAAGAGUCCAUCCACAAGGCCUAUGAACACGUCAUCCAGAACAGCCAACACUACAUCUACAUAGAGAACCAGUUCUUCAUCAGCUGUGCGGACAACAAACACGUCUUCAACAAGAUAGGAGACGCCAUUGCUGAACGCAUCAUCAGGGCCUACAGGGAGGGGAAGAAGUUCCGUGUGUACGUGGUCACGCCCCUGGUGCCUGGCUUCGAGGGCGACAUCAACACUGGAGGGGGCAGCGCAAUCCAGGCGGUCAUGCACUUCAACUACAGGACGAUGAUCCGGGGAGACUGCUCCAUCAUAUCUCAGCUGAAGAAAGAGAUGGACGACCAGUGGAUGAACUACAUCUCUCUGGCCGGGCUGAGGACACACGCCGAGCUGCAGGGCCGCCUGGUCAGCGAGCUCAUCUACGUCCACAGCAAGAUGCUCAUCGCCGACGACAACACCGUCAUCAUCGGUUCGGCCAACAUCAACGACCGGAGCAUGCUGGGUAAACGUGACAGCGAGGUGGCGGUGAUCGUCGAGGACUCUGAGACGGUUACCGCGGUGAUGGAUGGGCAGGAGUACCAGGCUGGUCGCUAUGCCCUGCAGCUACGGCUCGAGUGUUUCAAGUUGAUUCUGGGCGCCAACUCCGACUCCUCCAUUGACGUGUCUGACCCGAUCAGUGACCACUUUUACAAGGAGGUGUGGAUGACCACCUGCGCUCGCAACGCCACCAUCUACCAGAAGGUGUUUCGCUGCCUGCCGUCCAGUGAUGUGAGGAACAUUCUGGAGCUGGAGGGAUACCUAACCAAGCCUGUUAUGGCGAAGGAGGACCCUGCACGCGCCCAUGAGGAGCUCAAGAAGAUCCGUGGCUUCCUGGUUCAGUUUCCCCUCGAUUUCCUGUCUGAGGAAAACCUACUUCCUCCUAUCGGCUCCAAGGAAGCCAUGGUCCCCAUGGAGAUGUGGACCUGAGGAGCAUGCGUGUAUACACACAAGUACACACACACACAUGUGUAGACACAUGCACAAACACACGUGUAAACACACACACAUGUAUAUAUACGCACACAGAUGUAUACACGCACACACACGUAUAUAGACAACCGACACUUAAACAACUGGCAUCACUACAGGCGCCACACGUGCUGCGAGUGUCUAAACCAGCAUCAAGGAGCCCCAGACUCUGGAGCGUGUGUCUGGGAAAACAGAAGAAAGAAGAAAAAAAACUCUGUCCAUGUUUACAAAGAUGAGGAGGAACGCUGGGAAAGAGACCUGCUCCGGCUGGACACAGACCUCCAGGAGAG